GUUUGGCAAAAGUCAAAUGUGUCAAAAGUUUUUCUUGUGUACUAUUUUAUAAAUUACAAAUUUCAUACUAAAAUAAAAUGUCGCCAGAGCCAGUCGCCGAAAUAAUGGCUAGCAACUCUUUCGAAACAGUAAAAGAGGAAAUCGAAUCGACGCCUACUGAUACACCAAGUGAUAUGCUUGCGCCAACGGAUUCUGGUGAAAUUUCUUACCAAACCGACUGUACGGUCCCGCGCAAACAACGCGAACGCCGCAAUAAAUCACCCAUUGCCAUAUCAACACUUUUAGAAACCUUUGCUGCUCCGUUAUCACCAGCAUCGUCUACAUCGACCUCACAAGGAAACAGCAGCGCAGAUGCCACAUUUGAGCCAUCCAUUGAUAUGAUGGUCAACGAUUUUGAUGAUGAACAAACAUUGAAUGAGGAAGAAGCUUUAGCUGCUGCGGAACAACAAGACCCUAAUGAUGAAAUAGCUACAUUGCAAGAGGAAAGUGAAAUGCCUUUAGAAGAAUUGUUGGCAAAAUAUCAAGUGGCACCUCCUGUGCCAGUACACAUUGGUGCAUAUAGAAAAAAGAAGCGGUCAGCAGGUGGUAGUAAGAAUUCCAAACAACGCAAAGUGGCAAGUGAAACAGCUGUUACUGCUGAAGAACACGCAGCAGCUACUUUAGAAGCAGUUGAAGAUAAUGCACAAAAUACUACAGAAAGAUCGACAAGUGACAUAAUUUUGAUAGAAGAGAGUGGUGAUGAAGAAAACACUACCAAAAAAGUAGAGCCAAACAUGUCCGAUGAUAAUGAGGAAUGCUUAGAGGAAGAGGAAUUCGAUUGUAAGCCAGCUGAAACUGUCGAAAACGUGGAAACAACAAAAGGACUUGCAGAAAAUAAAGAAAAAAAUAAACAUCGCCGCACACACCUAAUGGACCUCUACCCAGAGGAGUCUUUUACAGAAGUAUUAAACUCGGAAGUUGUUACUGAAAAAGAUGCACAAAUCGACCUACUCUGCGAAGAUGAUAAUGAGGAAGAUGUUAAUGAUGCAGAAGAGGAGGAAGAAGAUGAAUUUGACAGCGAUUAUGUAAAGAAAACUAUUAUGGUAGGUGCUUCAUAUCAAGCAACCAUACCCGACGGUUUAUCACAAUAUGGCGAUGUGUUACCCUAUGAAAAUGAAGAUAAACUGAUAUGGGAACCCAGUCAGGUUAGCGAGCGGCAAGUAGAAGAAUACUUGCUUAAAGCACGGGAUAUCAAACCAUCAAGUUUGUUGGAUAAUGGCGACGAGGAAGGUGAGGAGUCCAGCCAAACUACUAAUGCAGAGGAUGUAGCGUUAGACCCAACAAAUAUUGCAACAAAUGGCGUCGACGUCGAAAACAAAGAGUUAGCUCCAAAAAAUAAAGCGGAUGACGUGCAGAGCACCGUUACUGCGUUAUCAGUUGAAAGCGCUGAUGCAACUGCUGUGAUUAAGGAUAAUGAGCAGGCUCUACAUUUACUCGUUCAAUGCGGUUAUGACUUCAAAGAGGCCUUACGGCGCAAACGUCUAAAUGCCCUGCCACUGACCGGUUCGAUGAGCCUGUGGUCAGAAGAAGAGUGUCAUAAAUUCGAGGAGGGUAUACAAAAGUUCGGCAAAGAUUUUUACAAAAUACGCCAAAAUCAGGUGCGUACCCGUACUAUGCGUGAGCUGGUGCAGUUCUAUUAUAUUUGGAAGAAAAGUGAUCGUCGUGAUCACAAUUUUGCAAAUUCCGACACAGUAGAUCACAUGGAUAUUUAUUUGAAUGAGGGUGGCGAUUUUAGUCCCACAGCAGCAAUUAACGGUACCUCCGCAACGGCACACUCAUCCAAUACUAACGGUAGCAUAACACUGGCAACUAGAAAAAAUAACGCCGGUGUUCAGAAAAAUCCAAUUUCCAUAAUGAUGGUAGGCAGCACUACGACCAAUAAUAGUGCGCCGACCGCAACAGCAUCAGCACAAUUAAAUGGCAAUACUAGUAAAGUAGCAAGUAAUCGGAAACGUAAUGUUGAGAAUCCAAUAAAUCAAAAUUUACCAACAACACCUGUUGCACAAACGAAAUGAUGACGAAUCAUUUGAUAGUCUUCAGGUGCAAUGCAAAGUGGAAAGAAAAACACGUAACGCUUUGCAUACAUUGAAAAUGUUAAGAAAAUAUAUAGUAUUAACUAACUAACAUUUCUUUAUAUAUUCCAUAUAUAUAGUAUAUAUAUAUAAUAUACAUAAAUACUAAUUUAACUUAUUUUUUAUAUUGUCAAUUAUAAAUUAUUAACUACUAUAUUUUUAAUUCUUUAAGUUAGUUAAGUUUGCAGACUUUAGCAUAAAUGUUGAAUCUUUUACUAUAAUCCGUAUGAAUUCAUAAAGUAUGCG